AUGGCUCCGUCGAUGAAGGCGGCAGCCCGUAACUAUCUACCCCCUCAGCUCGCGGAGCAGCCCUCGCUUGAUCCCCCGCGAAGCUCGUCCCGCCUCUCGUCUGUGCUGAAAGUCGCCACACUCGGUGUUCUGGGCGCCUGCUAUUACUUCUCUCAUGACAUCUUGAACCUACUCCCCAGACAGCAUCAUCUAUCCGUAUCUGUAUCUGCAUCAGCGCCACAGCUGUGCCCUCAGGUUGAGCCCAUUGCUCCCCGUACUCAGGACAGCCUAGCAGAGGCUCUCGACGCGUAUCUCUUAUCUGCCGAGGGCAGCGAGUGGGCUAUCGAGUCCCUUGCCGGUGCGGUCCGCGUCCCCACACAGACCUUUGAUGAUAUCAAGGCGCCUGGGGAAGACUCGCGUUGGAACAUCUUCCAGGACUUACACGAUUUCUUCGGCGAGCGCUUCCCACUUGUUAACUCAAAGCUUGAAGUGAACAAGAUCAACGAAUGGGGCCUGGUGUAUCGCUGGCAGGGAUCAGACGAGUCGUUGAAGCCCCUUGUAUUCGCCGCUCACCUCGACGUUGUACCUGUGAACAUCGAGACUUGGGACGAAUGGAUUCAUCCCCCGUUCUCUGGUUUCUUCGACGGCAAGCACAUCUGGGGCCGGGGAAGCUGCGAUGACAAGGCUCAGCUAGUUGGCACGAUUGCUGCGGUCGAGCUGCUUCUACAGAAGGGCUAUAAGCCUACUCGCUCAAUUGUGCUUGCGUAUGGCUUCGACGAAGAACGGGGUGGCUUCCAUGGCGCCCAAAACAUUGCCAAGUUCCUGCUUGAGAAGUACGGCAAGGACGGUCUCGCUCUGAUUCUUGAUGAGGGCGGAGAGUAUGAUAUCCGCGACAACGUCGUAAUCGCUGCUCCUUCUGUUGCCGAGAAGGGCGCGACGAAUGUCAAUGUCGAGGUCACUACACCCGGUGGCCACUCAAGUGUCCCUCCGACGCAUACAGGCAUCGGCUAUCUGGCACGGGUCGUUGCAGCGCUCGAAGACAACCCUUAUCCCACCUCACUCAAGCGCGACGGAACCUACUUCCGCUCCCUUCAAUGUGCCGCGGCCUACGAUGACUCUCUUCCGGAUGAUCUGCGCGAGCUCGUCGCAGCAGCAAGCACAGACGACGAAGCCCUCAUUGAAACGGAGAAGGCUCUACUUGAACGUGAUGAGCGCACCUUCCGCGCAUACGCCGGUACGACACAGGCGGUCGACAUCAUUCACGGCGGUGUAAAGAGCAAUGCUUUACCCGAACGCGCCUAUGCGAUCGUCAACCACCGCGUCGCCGAGUACAGCUCCGUUCCUGAGACCCGCGCUCGCUACGCGAAGAUCCUGGCGCCACUCGCCGAGAAGCUCAAUCUCACUCUCGACACUUUCGGUACUUUACAUGGCGCCAACGGGCCGGCCAAAGGUCAUAUCAUCGUCUCGGACGGCGGCUUUGGGCUUGAGCCCGCGCCUGUGUCGCCGACGGACGGAAGCGGGGCGUGGGAGUUGUUGUCCGGCACUAUCCUUUCGUCAUUGGGCACCUCAAUCCGCGAUGAGAUCGUCGACAAGCGUGUUGUCGUCGCACCCGGGAUCAUGGUUGCCAACUCGGAUACGAAGUGGUAUUGGAGCUUGACGAAGAACAUCUUCCGCUACAACCACAUCGGGGUGACCGACCGCUACAAUGGACUCCACACCGUGAACGAAGCCGUCAAAGCGGAUGGCUAUAUUGAAGGGAUACGCUUCUACGCGAGGCUCAUCUUGAACUCUGACGAUACGGACUUGCUCUGA